AUGCCAGACGUCACCUUCUGCCACGAGCAGCGCGUGCGACGGCACAGCUUCAGCAGCGGCAGCGCUGGUGGCAGCGACGAUGGCGACAACAACGACGUCGUCGACGACGGCGACGACGACGACAACUGCAAGCGUGCAAAGCAGCUGUGUAUCAUCGGCGUCGGACUCGGACUGCUCUUCCAUCCAAAGUCUGCCGCCGUUCCAACUGUCCCAAGCCUGGGAGGCCGUGACUUGCCUGCAAGAGAACGUAGCGGUGUUUCGUUCAAGGGGCAAUGCGCCGACUGCGGAAGAGGUGGCCGACCUCGUCAUGGUGCCGUGCCAGAGGAUCGUAGGCGAGCUUCAAAGGGCGAUCGAAACGUAUUCAACAUGCAUCAAGCGCGCCGAAGCGCGCGCGCGGACGCAGGCGGGAGCCGAGAUCAUGGCUAUGCUACACGUUCCGGAGGGAUAGCAUGUGGUCGGGUCUUUAUGUGA